AUGUCUCUUGACUACUCGUUCUCCUUUGGCCCGUCCACCCCGCCUCAAUACUCUUUUGAGGAGGCAUUGAACGAUGCUUCGUUCAUGAUGGGCCAUAGCCGGUCAAGCUCCCAUGUCUCCAUGUACUCCCAGGAAUCAUCCCCGGAGCCCGUCAACACCGGGCUCACCACGCCCGCAAGAUCUCCCAUCCGCCAGCAUGGCCCGCUGUUGCUGCCCAAGAUCCGCCCACAGGAUCAAGAGAUUCAUUCUCCCCCAAAGAGGGCCAGGAAGAACGCCCUCAGGCCCUCGGCGACCUUCAAGCCAUCCCACAACAGGAGCUACACCAACCCCGAGAGCAUCUCCUUCAUCCCCCAGCAUGACAACAUUCCUUCCCACACUCGCUCAAUGUCUGUUUUGUGCUCGCCCGUUACCUUUGCACCCUCCCAUGAGAGGCGAGCAUCCAGCGAAAGCCUUGAUGGCCAAACAUUAGAAAAAUAUGGCUUCCCAACCUACCGCCAAUUGCCAACCUACGUCCCAUCAGCAACCAACUCCCAGACGGAGACCUUCAUGCCACAGAACUUCUAUCAAACACACAUGACCCCUCAGCGAACGCCUUCGCCUCUCCAGCACAGCAUCGUUCUGGAUGACCUGUCCCUCAACUCACUUGAUGAUGGCCAUAAUACGACGCUCAUGUCUUACCUCACCUCCCCCAAUCCCGCCCCCGCCCUGGUGCGCCAACUCAAUAUCCACCUCCGUGACAGCAGUGCCAAACACUUCUGGUGGGACGUCCGUCAAAUCCGGCCCUGGACGUCGUUCAACCCCACAGUCAUCAGCUCCAUCCCAGGCCUCGACGCCCUUUUGCGUAUCAAUCUCCCAACCUUGACCUUCCCCACCCCACCACGCACCUCAUUGCAGCCUGACACCGAGCUCGAGCUCCAGAACAUCUACAGCUCCUUCUACGCCACCAAGCUCAACGCAGCCCUUUCGCUGUCACUUGGUCCUCGCCACCUAAUGAUGCGCUCCUCCGCCUCCAAGGGCAACACUGCCACCGAGCCCUCCUUCAUCUCCAAUUACACUGAUGACACAUCGCAACUCAUCUACGGCCGCGGUCUCGGGCGCGUUGUCGGACUCGUCAAGUCCUUCGACCGCUGGAACACCGGCAUGCGCGUAGAGGGCAACCACCGCAAGGUCGAGUACCUCCGUGGUCUCUCACACUUGCACACGCACAUGCGCACUCACGGCUGCCGAUACGGCUUCAUCAUCACCGAGAUCGAGCUGGUAGUUGUGCGCAAUGGUGGGGAUAAUGUGCCUCAUUUCGGAUACCUCGAGGUGCAAACCAUCCAGCUCAACGCUCAUGAUUCACAGACUUCCACCUUUGAGGAGGUGGAAGGCAGUUUCAUCGAUGCUGGAGAGGAGAACAUCGUGCCCAAACAGCCAAAGAUGACUGCCCUGAUGGCGCUGUGGUAUUUGCACAUGCUUGCGAAGGAUGACACCCUUCCUGGACAGGUGGGCUGGAAGAGCGAGAUUGGCGCCCCAGCUGAGGGUACCAGACGGAAGUGUUUGCCAAAGGAUGAGUGGAUUCCCGAGCCCCAGCUUGCGGAGAAGAGAGAGGCGAAGCGUGCGAGGGGAUGGGUUUGGCCUGAAGAGAGUGUGGGGAGAAAGGAGUUGGGACGCAGAGGUAUGACGGGUCUUGACAUAGACAACGACGUAAUUAUCGAAAUCUUCUGCGUUAUCACGGAUGGCAAUCUGGAUGUGCUGGACGAAGCAGGCUGGGGAGCAGUAAUCCACCAAUCGAAGGAGACGAUGGACAAGAUGGAUGAAUGGUGCACGCAAACACACGGCGAAUCCGGGCUCACAGCAGCAGUCCUGGCCUCCACGACCACGCCUGAAGAAGCCUCCUCCUCCCUCCUCGCAUACAUCACAAAAUUCGUACCAGAGCCAAAAGCCGCUUUGCUAGCAGGUAACACAGUGCAUGCCGAUAAGGCAUUUCUGCGGCAAGGGCCUUACAAGAAAGUCCACGAUCAUUUGAACCAUCGCAUAUUGGACGUUAGUAGUUUGAAGGAGGCAACCAGGCGUUGGUGUGAACCUGGGGUGUUGGCGGGGGCGCCGAAGAAGAAGACGCUGCACAAGGCGAAGGAUGAUAUUUUGGAGAGUAUUGAGGAGGCCAGGUAUUAUAAGAAAGUUAUCUUUCAAAAACACGACAAUUAA